AUGGCCGACAAAGAGAUUUCCCCUGAAAUCCGUCCGGAAGAUGGAGCAGCAGACGCUGCGAACGGACCCAGCGAGUCAACCAGCAAAGUUGUGUCUGAAGAGGUUGAGGAUGAACUGGACGAGUUAGCUUUGGACGAGCCUCGAGCUGGAAUUGAUGUGCGUCUGUGUGAUGUGGGUGCUGCAAUACAAGAGGUCAUGGAAUCGUAUGAGGUUGAAAUCAAUGGAAAGGUGUUUCAGGUGAAGAGCAUUAGAAAUUUGAAUGGUCACAGUAUCGGACCCUAUCAAAUACACGCGGGAAAAUCUGUCCCGAUAGUCAAAGGAGGAGAGCAAACAAAAAUGGAAGAGGGUGAAUUUUAUGCAAUUGAGACUUUUGGAUCCACAGGGAAGGGAUAUGUCAGAGAAGACCUCGAAUGCAGCCAUUACAUGAAGAACUUUGAUGCCGGUCAUGUCCCACUACGUUUGCCCAGAGCCAAACAACUUUUGGCUACUAUUAAUAAGAAUUUCUCAACAUUGGCUUUCUGCAGACGUUAUCUGGACCGAAUUGGAGAAACUAAGUAUUUGAUGGCACUAAAGAAUUUGUGUGAUGCUGGUAUUGUUCAGCCAUACCCACCUCUUUGUGAUAAUAAGGGCAGCUAUGUUUCUCAAUUUGAGCACACAAUUUUGCUUCGCCCAACGUGCAAAGAAGUCGUGUCAAGAGGCAACGACUACUGA